AUGAUUAAGGGUUUUUAAUCAAUUUUGAUAUUAUUAACACUUAAAAGUUCUCUUGAAGCUGAUGAGAUAGAUACAUCUAAAAUAUCUUAUUCUAAGAUUGAAUAUCAUGCAUACAAUUAAUUAAAUAACUAAGGACUAUCCUCGAAAAAUAAAAUAAAGAUGAUGAAAAUCUGA